AUGAUGCAGGAUCCACCGAGGAGACCAGGCAGGCCGCAGGACAGCUCAGGAGAGGCAGGUCACGACGUAGCAGAGAAGGAACGCGGGGAAACCACUGCUGUUGUUUGGCACUGCUGCAGCAGUUGGUUGUGUUGCAGGACACCGCUAUUAAAUAGUCUCCACCGGUUCCGAGACCAUGCCUGGUGCCGCGGCUGCCGACCGGCGGCUGCUGAUGGAAGUGGAGAGGGGGAGUUUGAGUGGAGUCAAGAAAUUGCUCGCGGGCGGAGCAAACGUGGACGGAUCGCGCGAGCUGCAAUACCCCCCAAUUGUGGAAACGGCAAUACCGCCAUGCUCAAGCUUCUGAUAUCUAAAGGUGCCAAUCUGGAGACUGAGGCGCGUUUCCCAGCAGGGAGCAGAGCAAUCCACGCCGCUAUAUCUGGGGAGAACCCUACUGCCUUAUGCGUCCUACUGGAGGCUGGGGCCGACUUCAACAGCCGCGAUGGUGCAGGGGAAACUCCGCUUAUGUUAACAGCUCUUGCUGACACGGGAGCUCUACUGGCACGGGAACUGUUCAAGGUCGGGGCCAGUCCUUUCGUGAAGAACGCCGAUGGCAUGAGCGCGAUGCACGUAGCGGCAGGUCUGGGCAACCUUGAAGUCAUGACGGUGAUCUUGACGAACACACCAUCGGUGCUCAACGUCCUCGACAACAAGGGGUUUACCCCUAUGGGCAUUGCUGCACUGAGGGGCCAGCGGCGUGCGGUUUUCCAUCUUCUGUCGGCAGGGGCGAGUGACCUGGGGGUCGAUGAACAGAAUGCGGCAAUUUUCUGGGCUUGCGACGGAGGCCAUCCACGCAUGGUUCGUAUGAUGCUCGAACACGGCAUCAACAGGGUUGGGGGGCUGGGUGCCAUUCCCAACUCUAUUGGCGUGGCAGUGCAGGGUCGGCAGGCCAAAAUUCUGGAAAUGCUGGUUUCCGCCGAGGGAGAGGAUAAUCGACGGAAGUGGGCCGAGUGCCGGUUGAGGGACGGUACUCCGCUUCACCUGGCUGCAGCAUGGGUCUCUGUAAGGGUGAUGCAUGUGCUUCUCUCGGCUGGAGCGAGGGAGACGCUACCCAACCGCUAUGGUAAGCUUGCUGGCGAAGAGGUUGGGAUAGCCUUGGGGCCACCCGCUCGGAGGAGUCCACGGAAGGAGGCGGCCGUCGUUCGAAUGCUGCAGAGGGGACCCGCUUACCGUGCUCGAUCGUACGGUUGGCCCACCCUAGAUGGCGGCAAUGGUACCUCUGACGUGGCCCUCUCGUCGAGAACCAGGGGAGCGAAGUCCUUUGGGGUGCAGAUUUAUCGUCCGACGGGUACGAGAUUCUUCGCAACCCGGUUCGCCAGAUACGCGAAUAAGUGAGGAAUCAACGGGGCUGGACUGGUGAAGAACGCGUCAACUUGUAGACAGCGAGCGGCCUUUGGGUGGUGAACUUAACGGGGGCGGAACACCGCGAGCGGGAGUACCAUGGCCGUCGUUUCCAGCUGGAUCUGCAACCCGUUUUUCAUGGGCAGCUCGAUGCGCUUUCCGAACGCAUAGCAUGAGGGGUGGUUGUUUCUGCUGCGUCAUCCUCGUAUUUUUUUGUGUGAGUAGCUGAAUGCAUCAGCGAACGUCGCCGUCCAAAAUUCUGCGAGCACUGGAUAGGGCGACCGAGAAACGCGCUUUGUCGUAUGAUAUGUAGCAUUCGCUUGCAUGCAGGGACUCUCUGCUUCGUUUGCACCCAUGCCCUACCCUCGGUGGUUUUCUCCGUUGUUCUAUUUCGUGCUUCGGAAAAGAACGAGAUUGUGUUUAUUUGGAGUGCAGUGCAUAGAUGCCUCCACCGUAUGAAGCCGGGGCAAAAUGAACACGCCUGCUGGCAUCUCCGCAUUAGUUCAAGUGGAGAUGCGGAGAUGUGGAUAACCUCCACAGGGUGGGGUAGAAGAUACCACACGUCCGGUUGGUCGGUUGCCGAGCAAUAAAAAUUUCGGCGGGGCCCUGCUUCAAAGUUAGUAUUCUCUCUCUUGAAAUAUAGUAGUUGAGAUGAACGUACAGGGUGUAGGGCGGCUUUUGCCGCUGGA